GAUAAGCAAUUUUUUUUUAAUAAUCCAUCGCACGGAAUUGUGGAUUUUCAUUUUACGAACAAAAUUUUCAGAUUCAUAUUUCUGAUUAAUUCUGGUGGUUUUGUUUUUGGCGUGACAAUCAGUUUGCAGCAUAAUUAUUACUGUGUUGCUUUCCAUUUUCUUAGAUUUCCUGAUUCAAUAUGUUUAAGAAGUUCUCCGAGAAGGAAUCCGUAACAGGAAGUUCACAGCUGAAAUCAUCCGUAAUUCGCAAUUACCGUCAAGGUUUGCUGGAGAAAUAUCCACAUGUGGAAUCCUACCUCGAUGAGAUCUGGCCGAAAAAGGAUAAUGUCAAACUCGUGAAAUGCCAGGAUCAUAUCGAACUGAUUGCUUCGCAGACGGGCGAUAUUCUUUUCUUCAAGCAUCGCGAUGGUCCCAUGUUGCCGUCCCUUCGCGUUCUCCACAAGUAUCCCUUCAUUCUACCGUGGAUGCAAGUGGAUAAAGGGGCGAUCAAGUUUGUUCUGAGCGGUGCGAACAUUAUGUGUCCUGGACUGACUUCCCCCGGCGGAAAGAUGUCGAUAGUGGAGAAAGACACUCCUGUUCUGAUUGUAGCCGAAGGCAAGCAGCACGCCUUGGGCAUUGGAGUUAUGAAGAUGAGCACGGAAGCUGUGCGGAAGACAAACAAAGGCAUUGCUGUCGAUUUAAUACAUUUUCUUAAUGACGGAUUGUGGCAGAUGAAAUCUCUUAAGUGAUGCCAAGUAGUUAUUACCGCUCUUUGUGGCGCGUUGAUUUUUGCUAUUGUUGGUAUUUUCUUAUUACUGGACACCGUCUGGAUUCCGAUUUUGUAGACAACGUGUCGCGAGUUCGCAACCAUGUCUUUUUGGAUUUUUCGUACUGACUUUGUUGUAGUUUAUAAUGUUUAUUUGUUAAAUUGAACAUUGACUACAGUUAUUUUUGCUGUUGUUGGUGCUCUCUUAUUACUGAACACAGUACACUUGAA